AUGGGGAUGAUAUGCCACAUUUCACCAAACACCUUAAAUGCACCAACAACAUCAAAAAACACUCACGUCGAGACGGUCAUCAAACCCUCUCCCAGCGGCAGCGGCCCGUUUACGCAGAACCUCAACCAUACGACUGUCGAUCUCGACGGCCACAACUUUCUUGGCGGCCUCAAGGAGCUUGAGAGUGAGAUUCCCGGUGCCGGGUCCGAUUUCCAGAACAGUAUCAUCGGGCUUCACGCCCGAAGCCCGAAUGAUGGCGUCCAGCACUCGCGGGUUGGUCAGGAGGUGCUGCCCUCUGCUUUUAAAAAGACGUAUUUGCCCUUCUUCUUCUUCUUCUUCUCUGUUGGUUUUCCAGCAAAAGCCGCCGGAGCCAUCGCCGGACUUUGUCCGGAGGUAGAGACAGAAGAGGUUGCGGCAAUAGUUGGGGGAAAAGAACUCGAUUUUUAUGAAGAUUAUGGAGCAAAAAAAGAUAAAAUUCUAUUCUUUCAAUUGGUUUGUGUUGCUUAUGGAGUUUACUUAACCGACGUGAAGAUGAAGAGUUUGUUCAGCAGAGAGCUUAAAGCCACUGAAGAUAAAAUGUGGAGAAAAUUGGUUGAUCUAUUCUUGCUUAAGACUGAAACUAGGCACUCAUGUGAUAUACUCUUCCUCAGGUGCAUAGAAGCAUGGUAA